AUGAUAUGGCCAGGACUUGCAUUAUUUUACUGUUCAUCGAUGGACUGGAUUUCGAGUAUUGUGUUAUUAUUGGUGUUUUAUAUCAUACAAUUUUACUUCAAAUAUUUCACGCGUUCUAAUAAAUUACCUGGACCCAUUCCACUUCCUAUCGUUGGAAAUUCCCUUCAGUAUCAUGGAAAUCCAGCUAUAUGGGUAUCAAAGCUUCAAGAAAAGUAUGGUGACAUAUGUGAGUUGUACAUGGGUACGGAGCGACAAAUUUUGUUGUCAAAUGGAGACUUAGUCUCGAAAAUUGUCAGUCCUCAGACCAACAAUAAUUUCCUGAUCCGCAUCACAGCUCGACAAGGUCUUGAUGAGAUUGAUGUUACCACCAAGGGAAUCACUUUCAAUCGUAAUCUAGAAUCAUGGUCAUAUAAUCGAAAAUUUUUUAAUCAGGCCAUUAGCUCUCCUAAAUUUCUAAAGCAGACAGUGGAAAAGACGCAAGAGUUGUUUUUCGAAAUGGUAAAUUAUUGGUCAAAUCUUGGUCAAGAUGCGGAUUUGAAUUUCUCGGAAUGGAUGUCUCAAUUCACGAUGGAUCUUGUUUUUCUUAUGACGACCAACAGGAGAGCUUACACUUUUGCAAAUUAUUACAACAUAAUUUCGGAAAAUAAAGUAGAAAUUUCAGAAGGUGUCCUAAAAGAAGCCGGAACUUUUAUUAGGAAUAUUCAAUCAUGGUUGUGUGCUUUACAGUUUUUCAUGGACACGCCAAAACUAUGGCGGGAUUGUAUACCAGGUCUCAGGAAGAAGGCGGACGCAAUGAAGAGUGAUAUUGAUACAGUCAACCAAGCCUUUCUUGAUCUUAUUCGGGAUCGAAAACGAGAAAUAGAGAGAACUCCGUUAGAUGAACCAUUAAGGGCAGAUAUUUUAACAAUGUUGUUAACGGUUAAUACUCCACGCGAUAUUACCACAAAUAUAGCGGAUGAUGAACAUACGAGACCAAUGACAGAUGAAGAAGUUCGGGGAAAUUUGUUGGAAGCAAUCGCCGCUGGUGUCGACACCACGGCAAAUACCUUUUGUUUCAUUGUAUACCAUUUAGCACAUCAUCCCAAAGUGAAAGAGUUGAUGAUAAAAGAAUUUGAUUCUGUCUUUGGUGAUCGGCCUAAUCGUCUGAUUUUGUACGAAGAUCUGAAUAAAUUAGAGUAUUGCGAGGCGAUAAUCAAAGAAGUAUCUCGCAUAAUGUCAAUUGUGCCGGUGAUAUUUAGGAUGGCAAUUCGAAGCGAUGAGAUAUCAGGCCAUCAUUUCAGUGGUUCGACACAGUUCUUGCUUAAUUCUUUUGCAAUUCACAACCAUAAAUCUCACUGGCAAAAUCCGGAGGAAUUUGAUCCUUCUCGUUUUAUGAGAGACGAAAGUAACUCAAAAUCAAAGGUUCACAACAACUCGCUUUUGAUUUUUGGUGGAGGGUUGCGCAUGUGCCCAGGGAAGAAAUUUGCCAUGACAUUAAUUAAGACUUUAAUGGUAUCGGUGUAUCGGAAGUAUGACGUCGAACUGACAAAUAUGGACGCGCCUCUAAAGUAUCAUUAUUCUGUAGUAAAGCAUUGUGAUGAUCUUAAUGUUCGGACCAUGACUAAAUACUCGGGAAGCAGCAGCAGAUCUAGUGGUGGCGGAAGCCAUGGUUCAAGACCUCAUAGCGGCAGCGUUUCUUCAGCAAAGACUAGUGCUAAUACUCGUGCCAACGCCUACAAUCCUGGUGCUCGAAGUUAUAAUCCUACAGUCAAAGGAAAUACGGGCGGAAGAUCUGCUAUGAGAAGCCAUAAAACUGCUGCAAAGAAUAAUGAAAUUAUUAGAGAUACUGGUGAAUGGUAG